UAUUUCAGUUUUUAGACAACACAACAAUUUGGGCAUUGUAUUUUUACUAUUUUUUAUUAAUCUUCUUGUUUAUUAAAAAAUAAAUAAAACGGAGCGCCAUCUACAAUUUUUGAUUGGUGGAAAAGCGCGCUUAAUUUGAAUUGUCACCAUGUUUACACAUUUUUACAUUGUUCAACAAUUAAAUUCUAAUUUAUAUCAUAUUGUUAUACUGUGAUAAUGAGUAAUUAAUAAGUUGUUUGUGUUUGGACCAAAUUUUAGAUGAUUAUUAUCGAAAACAUAACCUCACUUUUUGACAGUUAUGUCAUCGUUUUAGUACGAAUUUUGUAAUUUUGCACUCUAAUUAAGUUAAUAAUUAAAAUGAAUGUAUCAAGAAUAUGUCAAGGCGCUUUUAGGGGCAUUAUUAAGAGGAAUUUAUACAUUGAAAAUUAUCAAAAAUUACUGAUUAAUUCGAGAAGAUUUCACCAAACCAAGACUCAGUUGCGCCAAAUAUCCACAGUUAAUACUAAACAAUUGCAUAAGGAAGAUGGUUGGGUUAAACAAAUGUUGAAAAAGAUUCCUUUUUUUAAUGUGGAAAAAACACGUCUGAUGGCCGCGGCGUAUUUUCUCUACGAAAAUAUCGCAGACCGAGUCAAUUAUGUUAGUUUUUUUGAGGAGUUGGAUGUGCCUGAUACUUUUUACUCAUGGUUUGUUAUAACCGAAUUGCACAUUUGGAUGAUUUCGGCUCGUAUCAUGGCAGAAGGUGACAAUGGCCGACAUUUAAGGAAUUUUCUAGUCGAAGCGCUUUGGAAUGAUGUUGGUCAAAGGAUAAAAAAGUUGGGAGCGUUGAGUAACCCGUCAGUGGCUCGGGAACAGGUCAAACAGCUCUCUGAGCAGCUACAAGCCGCCUUAAUCGCAUAUGAUGAAGGGUUGCAAAGCGACGAUACUAUUCUAGCGGGGGCUUUGUGGAGGCGGUUGUAUCAACAAGGGGAUGUUGACCCCCGAUCGUUAGAAAUUCUAGUCAAAUAUGUCCGAAAACAGAUGCGACUUUUGGAUCACUUGUCAAUGGAAACGCUAACAAAUGCGAAAAUUGAUUGGGUUUUGUUAAAUAGAUAGUUAAGUAAAAUAGUUAAAAUAAAGUUUAUUGUGACAGUUAACAGUUAACUACA